AUAGCAAACUAAAAUUAUGGGGAAGGCCAUAGAAUUUCUACAUAUGGUGAUUCUUUUAAGGUGACAUUAAUUUAUUCAGACAAAAUACUUUUUUCUUUGCUUUUAUUUACUAUCAGAAUGAAAAAGUCCUAUUCUGCUACCAAAUAAACGACAGAGUUAAAAUUACUUAAUUCAACCCUAACCACCACCCUAAGAGACAGGUACUAUUAUUGUCCCAAUUUAAGGGUGCGAGACCCAGAAGCGUGACAAAGGCGCCGCGAGGUAACGUCUUCCCAGCGGCGCGAUGCCAGCAGAGGCUGAGGCCUCCACCCGAGGUCACACGAGAGUGCCCAACAGUCUCACGAGAGCGGGGGCCGGAGCCCCGCCAUUUCGCGGUGCCUCGGAAGCCGAAGGGGGUGGGAGGCGCAGGUCUCGCCGCCCUGACCCGGCGCUAGGGGCCCCCGCGACUCGCUCAAGCCGAGCCCGGCGCAGCUGCAAGCGCCGGAAACUGGCCCAGGUCAGCCGAACCCGAGCGCGGUCCCCGAACUCGGCGGCGCGCUCCACCCGGAUUCCCCACGCUCGGCUCGGCUCGGCUCGGCUCGGCUCGGGGCGGGGCCCUCCCCGCGCCGUGACCUCCGGGCGCCCGGGCCCGAGCUCCCUGCUCUUACCAAGGCCGCCAGUUGCUUGCCAGCCUUCAUGCCCUGGCCCACGGCAGUGCACCUGGAGAAGGACUCCUGGAAGCCUAAGAACUUGAACUUAACCCUGAGUAAAUAGGCUUUAGAGAUAGCCUCACCAUGUGUGGCAGACUGAUCGAGAGGUAUGUGGCUGCCAUGGUGCUGAGUGCAGCUGGAGAUGCCUUGGGGUACUUCAACGGGAAGUGGGAGUUCCUUCGGGAUGGGGAAAAGAUUCACAAGCAGCUGGCCCAGCUUGGCGGCUUGGAUGCCAUAGACGUGGAGAGGUGGAGAGUCAGCGAUGACACGGUGAUGCACCUGGCCACGGCAGAAGCCCUCCUGGAAGCUGGCCCAGGCUUGGACUGGGCUCGCCUGUAUUCCCUCCUUGCUAGGCACUACCAAGAUUGCAUGGGAGACAUGGACGGCCGGGCACCAGGGGGUGCAUCCGUGCAGAACGCCAUGCUGCUGGAGCCAGACAAACCCAAUGGCUGGAGGAUUCCCUUUAACAGCCAUGAGGGCGGCUGUGGGGCUGCCAUGCGGGCUAUGUGCAUCGGCCUCCGGUUCCCUCACCACAGCCAGCUGGACACCCUGAUCCAGGUGAGCAUCGAGAGCGGCCGGAUGACCCACCACCACCCCACAGGCUACCUGGGAGCCCUUGUGUCUGCUCUUUUUACAGCCUAUGCUGUGAAUGGCAAGCCACCCCGGCAGUGGGGAAAAGGACUGAUGGAGGUGCUGCCAGAAGCUAAAAAGUACAUUGUCCAAUCAGGCUACUUUGUGGAGCAGAAUCUUCAACACUGGUCUUACUUCCAAGACCAAUGGGAAAAGUACCUAAAACUCAGAGGGAUUUGGGAUGGCAAAUCAGCCCCUACCUUCCCGAAGCCCUUUGAUGUCAAGGAGAGGGAUCAGUUCUACACCUCCGUGAGCUACUCUGGCUGGGGUGGCAGUAGUGGACAUGAUGCCCCCAUGAUUGCCUAUGAUGCCAUCCUGGCUGCAGGAGACUCCUGGAAGGAGCUUGCCCACCGAGCCUUUUUUCACGGUGGAGACAGUGAUUCGACAGCUGCCAUUGCUGGCUGCUGGUGGGGAGUGAUGUACGGUUUUAAAGGAGUGAGUCCUGCCAACUAUGAGAAGCUAGAAUACAGAAAUCGGCUGGAAGAGACAGCUAGGGCUUUGUUUUCUCUUAGAUCAAAGGAAGAACUGUAAUUACCCUUUAGGGAGAAGUGUUUCUGGUGGUUUCUACUCUUGUGUAGUCCCUUUUAUGCUCAGUUUCACUUUUUUCAAAGAAGUCAAGAGUGUUAACCUUGUACUCAGGGAAUUUUGAGAUAACAGUCCCUUGGGUACCUGAAGCUCAGUCUUUCCAAACUUAUCCUGUCCUUCCCCAUUGCCCGGAAUCUUUCCCUCUUCCUAUCCUGAAGAGUCUUUAUUUCAGUUGAUGGGGUCAGUGUAUCCCAAAUUAGAACUCUUGUAGCCUCAUAUUUGAGGCUUCAUUUUCACCAUCUAAUCUUUCCCUAGGUUUUUUCUUUUUGUUUCAUAUUGGAUUUCCAAAAGUGGACUCUGAGACAAGGAUUUGAGUGCAGGUAGUUUAUUUGGGAGGUGAUUCCAGGAACCGCUAUUAGGAGAAUGGGGAAUUGAGUCAGGGAAGGGAGUGGAGUCAGGGCAAGGUGCAUUAAUGAGCGGGUUACCACUGUGGGCAGUUGGGACUCAGUCCUUCUGGGUUCUCUGCAUAAGGCACUCAGAGUUGUCCCCCCUGAGCGGCAAGCAAACCUGGGAUGUUUAUCCACCAGCUGCCAUCUGAUGUUGAUGGAGGACCACUCCUGGGAUGCUAACUCCUUGGUGCUUCCUGGCCUGCCUGUUGUGCACCACAUUUGGGUGUCUUCAGGUAAAUAUGCAGAGGGAAUUCCUUUUGGCUCAGUGAGUGAAGCAUCCAGUCUUGUUGCUGCAGCAGCUUGGGCUGCUGCUGUGGCAAGGGUUUGAUCCUCGGCCCAGGAAUUUCCACCUGCCGGCAUGGCAGAAAAAAAAAAAAAAAAAAAAAAAAAAAAAUGCAAAGGUGCUUGCAGUGCCAAGCUGUGUGGUGCAUGGGAACAGUGAAGGGUAUAUGUGAGGUCCCAACAGCAUCUGCUAGAUGGUUCUAUCUCUUAAAUAUCCUUCAAAUCUACUGCCUCUUUUGCUUCAUUGCAGUAAGUAUCUUUCAGCUGGAUUUCUACAAUCCAAGUUGCUCUCAAGUCUGGGGAGCUGUUGUUCCUAGCUGCACACUGUAGUUUCCUGGGCAUGGCACUUGACAUGAUGUCAGUUUUGUUGUUACCUAUUUGUUUGUCUUUACUCUCCUCUAGACAGAACCUACAUAAAAGCAUGUUGUUUAUUUAUUAGCCUCCUAUCUGGUGCCUCUAAUUCCAGUCUUGCCUUCCUCAUCACCUUCCUGAGUGCUCUUUACAAAUAACAAAUUGAGCAUGCUACACUUCUCAUCACGUUCCAGUGCAUACUCAUCCCCUUUAUUUCUUAGUGCUCUUCCCUCUCUUUUUACAUCUGGUAAAUUCUUACUCAUCCUUCAAGUUCCAACUCAGGGAGCACCUCCUAGGUGAAACCUACUCUGACUGUUCAUGCACGUGGCCCUUUCUCCUCACUUUAUCCACAGCCUUCUGUCUUAGUCCUGUCACCACACUGAUCCUGUUGUGCCUUCUGGAACAAUCUCCGGCUACUUGUGAGGGGUUGUGUCUUAUCUCUUUAGCAUCCCUGUCUAGCCUAUUAGAGACAUUCAGUAUUUACUUUGGAAGUUUAUCAAGUUGUGUUGAUGUGAAUGCUUUCAUCAUGCAGUGCCACAUCUGUUUCAGACACCCUCUAGGAAGGACCUCUGCCAGGCUGUGAGAGAUGGAGGGUUUGAUGCUUUAAUAAGGUCUUUGCUGACUAAAAGGAGACAAAACUCUCAACUCUGUAUUUGAAGCAAGACUAGCAAAGGCAUGGGAUUUAUCAUUCUUUUACACAUAAAAAUGAGACAAAGCUCUCUGUAUUUGAAGCAAGACUCUAGCAAAGGCAUGGGAUUUAUCAUUCUUUUAUACAUAAAGGGAGAAGAAAAUUCCAAAGCUCUUUUUCUGGCCCCAGAAAACUCUCAUGUAUUUGUAUAGUUGAGAAAACAAACAUGUUUUAAAUAUUACAGCUAGGACAACAGAUUCUUCAGCAGGACAAUCAGAAUUGCAGACUUGGGAUAGGGGUUUACAAUUCACAGCAUAGUGAUAACGUCUUAAAUUUAGAUGCUUUAAACUUAGGUGUACAGGAAAACUCUUCUGUAGAUACAUUUUGAGGACAGUUUUAGAAUAAUAGUAAACAGUAUGUACAUUUUUACAUAAGCUUCUUGAAAAGUUUAAGAUGGAGACUUGUGACUUUUCAAUUUCUCACUUAAUAAAAAAUGAUAUAAUAAUGCAGAAUAGUGUGCAGUUCCAGUGUGGCACGGUGGGUUAAGAAUUCAGCAUUGCUGCUGCUGUGGUGCAGUUGGGUGUGGGUUUGGUCCCUGAGCCCAGAACUUCCACAUGCAGCAGGCACAGCUGAAAAAAAAAAAAAAAAAAAAAAAGUGUAUGCUUUCCUGCAGCUGUAGAAGAGGAAACAUAUUCUCCUUGUCUUUCUGGGGUUUCUUUUACCAGUAGUUAGGAGAGCUUGCAGUUUUAAGGUGGAGCAUUAGAAUUCUGUUAGCACUGGCCAAACAGCAGAACUGAGAUGCUUAAACCUUACAGUAUAGAAAAGGAAGAAAAAUAUUUUAACAAGUGGGAUGUGAAGCACGACUUGUUUUAUCUUUGAAACUUGUUUGGUAAACAGUCUCAAUUUAGUGAAAAACAAACACGUAAUGACUUUCUUUUUCUCUAGCUACUGCCUUCAUACGUACUCUGUUGAAACUGCUUUUCCUGCCCCUUAGCAUCCUCUUGGGCAGAUCAUAUAAUUUUUGGUCUUUGGAGAGGGUGGGUAUUAAAAACCCCAUCCAGUCCAUCCCAGUCCAAUUUUCAAAGUUUCAGCUCUGUUGAGGUAUAAAUGAUAUACAAAAUUGCAAGAGAUUUAAAUUGCAAGAGAUUUAAAGUGUACGUUGUGGUGAUUUAACAUUCAUAUACAAUGUGAAAGGUUUCUCUUCAUCUAGUUAACAUAUCCAUCAUCUCACUUGCUUUUUCUUUUUUUUGGGAAGAACAUUCAAGUUCUACUCUUUUAGCAAAUUUCAGCUAUGCUGUAUAGUGUUAUCAGCUAUAGUCACCAUGUUUUACAUCAAAUGCUCAGACUUUAUUCAUCUCACAGCCAAAAGGUUGUACCCUUUUACCAACACCUCCCUAUUUCUCCCAGCUUCUACUUUUCAACUCUCUUGUUUCUGUGAAUUUGACAUUUUUCUUUUUUUCUUUUUUGUCUUUUUGCCUUUUUCUAGAGCCGCUCCUGUGGCAUAUGGAGGUUCCCAGGCUAAGGGUCUAAUCGGAGCUGUAGCCACUGGCCUAUGCCAGAGCCACAGCAACUCGGGAUCUGAGCCGUGUCUGCAACCUACACCACAGCUCAUGGCAACGCCAGAUCCUUAACCCACCGAGCAAGGCCAGGGAUCGAACCUGCAACCUCAUGGUUCCUAGUUGGAUUCGUUAACCACUGCACCACGACGGGAACUCCGAAUUUGACAUUUUUUUAAAAAUACACAUACAAGUGAUAGCAUGUAAUAGCUCUCUCUGUCUGUCUUAUUUCGCUGAGCACAAUGCCCUAAGGUCCAUCAAUGUUGCUUUGUGUGGCAGGAUUUCUUCUUUUUCAUGGCUGAAUAAUAUUCCUUUGUAUGUAUGUACUACAUCUACUUUAUCCAUUCAUCUGUUGACAGACAUUUAGGUUGUUUCCAUAUCUUGGCUAUUGUGAAUAGUGGUACAGUGAAUGUGGGGGCAUAGGUUACUCCUUGAUACCCUGUUUUCAUUUCUUUUGAUAUACACCCAGAGAUGGCAAUCUCAGUCCAGUUGAUCAGUUCUAAAACUUUUCAUGCUCUCCUCCCCACCACAGUCAGUCCUGGGCUCAAGGACAUACUGGACACCUUCUUCAUUCCUCACUUCCCUCUUUGGGGGUUCCCUGUCCCUCUCUAGUGUCACCCUGAGACCACCUUCAUCAAUGGAGCCCUCAUGGGAAAGGCUUAAGCCAGUUGUCUUCUGAGGGCUCCACUCAUCCCAAGGGAAACUUAUCUUUCCUGGUCACAUUCAAAAGUAGGAGUGCAGACUUCCCCACCUGCUGCUGUUUUUGCAUUUCCACCAUCCCUCUCAAAUAGGACACAGGCUGCCCGGGACACAGCCAACUCAGAAGCAGAUGCCACUGGCACCUUCAUGUGGUCACCCUUAAUCUCAGCUGGUAGUCCCUACUCAUCCAGCUUGUUGUGAGGGUGAGGUGAGCACUGCCUUUUCUCCCCUUUCAGGAAGGGAAGGAAAAACCCCCACAAAACCAUGAUUCUUGUGAUUUUUUCCUUCAAACUGCUGAUUUUCAGCUGGGGGAGGUGGGGAAGGGCAGAAUCCUAGAGCAGUUCUGCUACCUUUUAAUAAGUCCUACUGGAGUCUGUCUUUCGAGUUCCUUCCAGCCUCUUUAGAACAUGGUGGUGGAGGCGUGUGUGUGAGGGGAGGGGAUCAUGGCAGGGUGGGAGGCUGGGGACUUAGUAUUUGUUGUUUUCAGUGUAGAACUUCAACUGGAGUUGGAGACAGAGCAUCUCUCUUUAGAAAUCCUGUUCCAUUUGCUUUGCAAAUUCUCACUCUUCAUCGCAGAAAGAGAUCAGACUGUCAGACUCUUUUUCUCAAACCUCAAACCUUCUUUCCAAAUUUUACUCUCAGUUGGCAAUUUUGCUUCCUAUUUCUCUGAGAAAAUAGAGGCAAUCGCAAGAGAACAGCUCCCACACCCAUCCCCGCCUCUUGCCUACCCACCCACACCUGUGCUCCUGGGCUCUGCCUUCUCACUCUGAGGGCAGGGGUGUGUGUGUGUGUGUGUGUGUUUGUGUGUGUGUUUAAGAGAGACACGAGGGAGGAUGAGGAUGAACAGAGGGAAAAAAUAACAAACUUAAUUUUAUGCAUAAUGUUAGAGUAAAUUUAAAAGUAACCUGAGGGACAUUAUGAACUUAUGCUAACCAAGUUAAUAUACGUGUACAGAAAAACAGAAUAGGUUGUGAGUAACAUUACAGGGAUUAGUGAUAAUUUUUUUGACAUACUAAAGGAUGGUACUUCAUUUGCUUUCUAUGUUACCUAAGAUUGCUAGAUGUUAUCUGGAAGUCUUAGCAAUACAUAUGUUUUUAAAAUGUGCAAAAUUAGCACUGGCCUCCUCCAUCCUUCUCCAAGCUUCUUCAGCCACUGCAUUCUCCAUUUCCUCUUGCUAUCUUCAUCUCCCCAGGGCAAGGUUCACAACUUUUUUAAAUAUCCAGAGCCACUGGAGGUGUGGGGAAAGGCAUGGAGACUGAUGAUUUCACAGUCGACCAUCCCCGUGGAUCAGCUCCUCGAGGAAUGAGAUCAGAUUAAGGACCCAGACAGGGCAGAGGGAUCAGCCUUGCCAUCACUUUCUCAUCCCCGGGUUUAGGGUUUGUAAAAAGUGACACCUAGGGAGUCAGUGAGACUCUUUCCUUUGGGGAAGGAGAGAGAAGAGGAGGAAGAAGGACUUGCUGUGCAUUAGGCAGUUCACCAGUACCUGUUAACAGGUGAAGAAAUUGGUCUCUGAGACACUGCCACCUGUCUAAAGUCAUACGGCUGGGAUGAGAUGGAGCUGGGGUUUAAACCCAGGUCUGCUUGUCUCCAGUCCUACCACACUCUAAUUGUUAGCUAUAAUUAGCAAGUGUUUCUUUAGACAAAGCCAAAAUGAAACUCAGGAGUGAGAUGGUGCUGGUAGCAGCCCGUGCCCUCUCUUCACCUUCCCACAACUGAAGUGACAUCAAGAGGAAAGUUAGUUGUCAGGGCAAAGUGGGAGUGGGCAGAGCCGAGCCCAGCUGAAACUGUGAAAUGGGCAGACAAGUCACCUGCAGCCAGUUUCUUCCAUCACUCGAAAGACACAACCCACAGCGACCCCAAGGUUUCCUCUCUCUUCAGCUUUGUGGAACUGCCCUGCAGUACUCCAUACCCAGCAACAAGCUCUCAAGGUUCACAACUCUUUUUACUCUGAAGUUAUCAGAUCUCAGGGAACAAAAACUAAACCAUAGAAUUUAGUAUCAAACUUUCAUUUUAAAGCUGCAAUUUUUAGUUUCUCUCAACAUUUGGAGGCUUUGAGGCACCUACAGUACAUUUGUCCUGACAAACAAGGCAUUAACUUCUCUUCCUGGGGAAAUGGAGACAGAAUAUAGAUGGCUUUAAAAUAAAAGAUUAUGUGACCUGGGGCACAAAGUGCAUGAAGUACUCUAUAAGAAUUUAGAUGGUCUUAUGCUCACAUGAUAUGGUUUGUUCUGAGAAGGUAUGUAUAUGUGCACACAUGCAGCACAUACAGAACAUCAGGAGUGGAGGCUCCAAAAUUGGGGUCUUCACCUCAAGUUGGAAAAGAAACUGGCUAAAGAUCAGACUUCGUGAAAAUUGAGUUGAAUAGGGACUUAAGCCAUUUUGGGCUGUGCAUGAAAAUUUGAUGAGACAUUCUAAUGGGCUUCUAUGCAGCCUUAAAAAAUGAACAAGCCAGGUGCAGAGUAUUUUGUUUACUGUGAAAAGCAAGGUACAAAGGGUUUGUGUAGUGGAUCAGCAAGUGUGUGAGAAGUUUGGAAUGGAUAGGAUAGAAUACCUCUAGAAGGACAUGCAAGGAAAUAUUAGCAAUGACUGCCUUCUGUGGGAUCUGGGGCAUUGGGAGGGGGGUGUAGAGUUUUAUCUUUCACCACAUGCUUUUGUACUUCUUGAUUUUAAAAACAAUAUACAUAUUAAAAACCACACUUUAAAAAUUAAUGUGACUUUGGACUCCCUUGUAGCUCAGUGGGUUAAGGAUCCAGUAUUGUCACUGUAGCAGCUCAGGUCGCUGCCCUGGUAUGGGUUUGAUCCCUGGCCCAGAAACUUCCACAUGGCAGGGGCACAACAACAACAACAAAAAUUAAUGUGAUCUCAUUUUGUAGUUAUAAACUGGUGCGGUCCAGAAUUAUAAUAUCCUAAAAUUUGUUUUAUUAGUGUGUUAGUUUAUAUCCUUCCAACCCCACACAGGCUUAUUCAUUUAUGGAACUGUCAGCUAGGGAUCCUGAAGGAAAGGGAGGGAGCUGGUUAUCUGAGCUGGGAAUAGGCAGGCAGGGAAGGCUGAAAGGGAUUCUGUGGAUUCCAGGGAUUGUGGCCUACUGCCUCCUCUCCCCUCCCUUCCCCUCUCUCCCUUCUUUUUCUCUCCUCUCUUCAUUCAAAACAGGUGUUUAAUGAGCACCUGUUAUACACCAGGCCCUGUUCUAGGCAGCAAGCACACAGCAGGGACCCUUGAGCAAUAAGCACUGGAUCUUGAACCCAACAUCCUUGGUUUCUUGCUACCUCCUUGUGUUCUUGGAUCCUAGAAAAGUAAAGCCCUCCUCUGACUCCACUUUACAAUGGGGACUUAAACACCAUCUCGGGCUCAGGCCCCACCCCAGUAUCCUCACUAAAUAUGCCCACCAUACCAGAUGCACUGUACCUUCUCUUAGCAAAUAUGGAGCACUGGCUGUGUGGCAAGCACUGUGUUGGGUGCUGGGGACACCUCACUGCACAAAAGAAAUCAGGAUUUUGCCUUCUUAAGGCUGACAUUCUCCCUGGAGGAGAUGGACCAUAUACGCUGAUUAUAAGCUGGUGUUCCUUCAGUGUCUUCUGAUAGAAAGGUCUCUAUCCUCACCUUCUAAAACAUGUCACCCCACUUUCUUGUUCCCCUGAAGCAAUGCUCCCCAGGCUGCUGGCCUCUGUGAGCUUUGGUUUCCUCACUGGUGAAACGGAGAUGGCUAUGGUAAGAGUGAACAGAAAACUGGUGGCUCUGGCAGUGUCUAGUCAUUUGUGGAGCCUGCUGGAACUGCAUAGUCCUGAGGCCAGCUGCAAAGGUUCUCAUUAGGUAUGUCUGGGUUGGGCCCAGCAGUCUGCCCCAAGCCCCUAGAUGAUUCUGAAGCAGGUGGGCCUGCCUAGAACCACUCCAACCCCACAUGGAGAGCACUGUACCAGAUGAUGAAUAUGACAAGGAGGGCAUGCUCUAAAUGUCAAGUGUGUUGAUGCUGCACGGGGAGCUCUGCCUGAGUAUAACUGGAAUGACUGGCCUGGUGAGCCAGCUCUGGCAGGGUGGGAUGACCAGGAGGAUGCAGUCAUUGGUCACCUCCUGUUGGAAACCUAAUUGAUAGUCCCAGUUGCUGCCCUCUGGAUCUACUCUUGUCUUUGUGCUGAGGCUGCCCUCAGCUAAUGACUGAGCAGAGUGGGGGUGCUAAUGCAGCUCAUUUGCAUGGGACCUAGCUGCUUUAAGGGGAAAUUUCAGCUUGAGGCUUCCCCAGUGCCCUGGCUGAGGAAUUCUGACACUUCCUGUGCAAUCUUCUUUCCUUCUCCCAUGCUUUUCAGGGUCUAAAGUCUCUCUCUGCCAUCUUCUGCUCCCCCUUUUAUUCUUCACAGAUAUUAUCCCUAAUAAAUCUUUUGCAUGUCUAGUCCCUUCCUGGCAUCUUUUCUCUCAAGACCUGGAACUCUGUACCUGACUUGGUGUGUGACAGCAGAACAGCCUCCAAUAGUGCCCUGUGUGUUGCCACUCUCCUUCCUGGUGGCAGCAGUGCCUAGCAGUGGGAUCAUGUGCACGAGGGGAGGCAAGGGCUGGCCCCUCCAAAAUCAUUUUAUCCCCAUCUUGGACAGGCCUGGCACAGCCUGGUACAGUGGUUCAGAGCUUGUCAUGCUUCGAAUCCCAAUUCUGCAUGAAUCUUCGCAAGGUACUUAACCCCUCUAUGCCCUGAAGCUGUAUGUCUAUAGUACUCCUCUCAUGAGCUAUUGACCCAAAAGUUCCAUACUGCCCUGCUGGUAGGGUCUCUGCCUCACAGCAAUGUGCUAAAAUUUAAAGAGUGCUGGGCAAGUACAGUGCCUCCCCUUCUCCCUCACCUGCGUAGAACUAGUGUUCUGUGGCUUCUGCCAUCAUUUUGGAUGAACAGGCCAUGAGGUACAUGGGAAACACCCUGGUUCUUCAGCCCUGCCACUUCUCCAUAGGUCAUGUUCGUUCUUUAUUUCUUGGUUUCUUCAUCUGUGAACUCAAGAAGUUAAACAUCUCCUUAGAGGUUGGACUGUACUUUUAGCCCCAAGAUUCUAUGAGAAGAUAAUACUCUCAGAAGCUGACUGAUCUUCCAUUUUUUCCCCGAGUAUACAUGAAACGUGUUGUUGGCUCAGCUCUGUGCUGGGCUCUGGGAAUUAAAAAAUGAAAACAGAAAGUCUCUGCCCUCAGCCACUCCUACAGAGGCAAACACUCCACAGAUGAUUCCUGUACAACAAGGGUUUUGUGAUCCCCUAGAGAUGAAAGACUUCUGCCUUGGUUUUUACUAACAUUUUAUAAUGGGAAGUAGGAGAGGUGCAGGAAGUAGUUUCCUGAUAGUGUUUGGCUCAGAGAGGAAGGACAAUGUGUUUCAAUGUCCCCUGCUUUAAAAAAAAAAAAAAAAAAAAGAGAGAGAAAGAAAAGUAUGUUUAUUUUCAUUAAGAAAAAGAAACAAAAUUUGUGGAAGUUAAACUGGUAGGGAGAGUUUACUUUUCUUUUACAGGUCAUGAGGCCAGUUAAUGAUUAGUGAGACCCAAGUGGAUGUUUGGUAUUCGAAACUGUGAGAGGCUGGGUUAUGGGAUCUCUUUGGCAUUAGUGGUCGGCUUCACCCCAGCUCUGAGUCUUCCAGCUCAGCAAUGCCCUCAGGCCUCUGCGAAAGAUGCUUCUGGUCAUGGGGACUCCUUCUGUGGUUCAGUGUUGGAACUACAGGAGAUGCACCUCCUACCCCACAGAAAAAGUGCACUGACUUCCAGAAUGCUAAUCUCCUCCGAGGCACCAGUCUCAAAGUCCAAUUUCUCCUCUUCACCCCUUUGGAUCCUGGCUGUGGGCAGCUAGUGGAAGAAAGUAGUGACAUCCAGAAUUCUGGGUUCAAUGCCACUCUAGGAACCAAGCUAGUUAUCCAUGGAUUCAGGUGGGAGCCAACCAACCAAUAGGAUCACCUCAGCUAAGAACUAGAAAGCGACCAUAACACCUUAGGAAGUUAGAGGACGGCAAGAGGAGAAAUGGAUUUACUGCCUGUCACGGGUCCCAUUGCUCACCUCCUGCUGACUUUGAAGGUGUCUCUUAUCAACAUGAACACAGUGGUGUUGUUUUUCUUGGUGGUCAUAUAUGUUAUUCCUCUCCUUAGUCUCAUCUACACACUCUCAAACAGCAAAUAUGUGUGACCCUGGACAAGUCACUCCAGCGCACAGAACCUCAGUUUCUGUAUUUGAAUAAAAGGGAGCUUGAUCUCAGUGAGCUCUUCCUCCCUGAAGCGUGGGUUGCAUGAUACAUUUCAGCCGAUGAGGUCAUAGGCUUUGUACAGUCAUUAAGGGGUAACAUCGUGGUGUUUUUAGCCAGGGUUUUAUUUCCUCUUCUUCACUUCUUCCCGGGUUUUGUGACCUAAUCAACUUCUACUUAUGGGUGCUACUUCACCAUUCCCAGAGGUUAGUGUUUCUCAGGUGUAACACACUUCUUCAAUUUCUUUGAUGCCCUACAGUCCAAAUUUUGUUAUAAUAUAUGGUUACUAGGUCCCAAUUCAAUCACUAUCCUUCCUGCCAAUAUCUUUUCUCCAAAGCCCAUUGUCAACACCGGAGACAGAGAAAGGUUGCUGGGAGGAGAGAGGGAGAGAAUAUGGUGAAACAGUAGCACUGCCGAGCAGCUGGAGUUGGGGGCGCCCAAUGAAGAGGUGGCCAGUGAGGCACUGCCCAGAGAACCAUUGUUUCCUUAUCUCUGGGUUCUCUCUGCCUCGCAAAUCCUGACUCCAGAGACCCAGCCAUAUCCUUCUGUAGGCUUCCCUUCUCACUCUUGUGCCAAAGUCUCUUCUCCAGCAAACCUUGCCUUUGGCUACUAUCUAAGGCUGGGUAUGUACCCCCAACCCAGAGAUGGCUAAUGGAGCUGGAGAGCUCAGCAGCCCUGCCAUACUGUCUGCUUCCAGAUGCCCCAAAGACAUACUCCAUGGCAUAUGCCCAUGCUCUGGGCUUCUCUGUCCAUGUUAGCAGGCUCUGGGCAUUCAGAAAACUUCUUUCCCAUUACCGGUCUCGUGGAAAAAUCUUCCUGAAAUGUUUUCCAUUAUUUUCCUUUUCCUAGAAAAGUCCUAAGUAAAUUCCAGAAAGAUGGGGUUAUCUUAUUUUUCUCUAUUUCUUAUAGAGCACCUAGCAUAUUGGCUGGCCCAUUUGUUAAUUUAUGUUAAUGAAUGAAAGGGUGAGUGAAUAAAUGAGUAAAUGAAAACAUCCUCCAGGAAAGUACCUAUAUUAUAGAAUGACAAUUGAGGUUCCAGAUCUUAACUCUGAUACACAAACCUAUCUUUUCUUUUCCAUGACUAACACAAACAGGGUCAGUGCAUAUGGUCUGUGCGGUGUAGGCAUUGCACAAAGGCACCUGACUUAGAGCCAAACUCUGAUCUGGGCUCUAAGCCCUGGCCUGAGGCUGCAUCUAUCUGGAAUAAAGGAACCCUUUUAUAAUUUACACAUAGGUUCCACAUGUGCAGACAGCAGCCCUGCUGACUUUGGGAUUACAUCCUCCUUACAAAGUGCUGUAGGGUUUACUGCCCAUAACCCCCUCCUACUUGUUGUGACUUUUUUCGUUUCUGGGUUUAUUCUGUUUCUAGAACAGAAUUACAGUUGUCAUUGUAACUUCCAUGACAAGGGAUAUUGGCUGGACAGAUAAUCUUCCUAACCUUUCUGGCCCCACGUCUAGGGCUUUAGGAACAAAGCCUUCCUGGAUUGAUGAAUUCAUUGGUGCCCUUCUGCGGGCAGCAGAUGCUAAUGUGAUCGCCGUGGACUGGGUUUAUGGCUCUACAGGUGUCUACUUUUCAGCCGUGGAAAAUGUGGUUAAGCUGGGUCUCGAGAUAUCCCGUUUCCUCAGUAAACUCCUGGUGCUGGGUGUGUCAGAGUCCUCAAUCCACAUCAUUGGUGUCAGCCUGGGGGCCCAUGUUGGGGGCAUGGUAGGACACUUCUACAAAGGCCAGCUGGGACGGAUCACAGGUAACAUUCUUCCCUGCCCACCUUCUCAGGUUUGGAGAUAGAAAAUGCCCUGGAAGAGCCUUUCCUGAGGCUGGCAGAGGGAAGUAUUGAACCUUUGUUCUUAUGACCAAGUCAUCAAUCACCACUAAAAUGUAUAAUUAUACUAAUACUAAUAUUAGUAUAAGAGGACAUGUAUUUCUUUCUGAGCCUCAGUUUCUACAACUGUAAAGUGGGUUGUAAAAAUUCAUAUCUCCUUGGCCCACUAUGGAAAUCACCUUUAGAUGAUUUUGCUAAGUACUUGCAAAGUACUAAAAACUUCAUGCUUCAGAAACUAUCUCAAUCAAUAAGGGACUGGAGCUGUGAGGUAAAUACCCUGGCUUCCUGGCACUUCAGUGGGACAAUUCUGAGUCAUGAUCUACAAAAUCCUCCAGAGGGACCCCAGCGCAAUGAGACCCAAAGUGGUAAUCUACUCGUUUGAAUUUUUCCUCCAUUCUCUGACUUGUUUUUCUACACCCUCCACUGUUUUCUGUGAUCUUCUCCCAAAUAAGCUAUUUGCACUUUAAAUCCUUGUCUCAGGGUCUGCUUUUUUGGGGGAGGAAGAGGGAAAGGGAUACAAUCAAAGGCCUAGAGAGAGUAAUAUUAACUUUACUCUGUUGUCACAAAGACUAGAUGUGUGAAACUGCUCAGCACAAGGGCUGGCACAUAGUAACUAUUCAAAAACUUAUAGCUGCUGUUAUUACUACAUGGGGACUAAUAUUAUUCACAUUAGCCCUUAUGAAGUGGUUAGUGCUACCAAGUUCAUUUUAGAGUCAGAGAAACUAUCAUUGAGACAGAGACAACAGAGUAGAGUUGCCCAGGAAACGUGGUCCUGAGCUAGAUCUUUUGCCCUUUUGCCUCAACAAGGACCCUGAUCUGAACUGAAAGAGCAGCUGGGUAAGUGGGUGGUGAGUCCACGGUGGUUCUUGCAGCUGACAUGAAAGGGCCCUGACAUAUGUGUCCUUCCAGGCUUGGACCCUGCUGGACCGGAGUAUACCAGAGCCAGCCUGGAGGAGCGCCUGGACUCUGGAGAUGCCCUCUUCGUGGAAGCCAUCCACACAGACACGGACAAUUUGGGAAUUCGGAUUCCUGUUGGACAUGUGGACUACUUCGUCAAUGGAGGCCAAGACCAACCUGGCUGUCCCACCUUCAUUCAUGCAGGCUACAGUUAUCUGAUCUGUGAUCACAUGAGGGCUGUACACCUCUACGUCAGUGCCCUGGAGAAUUCCUGUCCUUUGAUGGCCUUUCCUUGUACCAGCUACAAGGCCUUCCUUGCUGGACACUGUCUGGAUUGUUUCAAUCCUUUUCUGCUUUCCUGUCCAAGGAUUGGGCUGGUGGAACAAGGUGGUGUCCAGAUAGAGCCACUUCCCAAGGAAGUGCCUGUCUACCUCAUGACCACUUCCAAGGCUCCAUACUGUGUGCAUCACAGCCUCGUGGAGUUUUACUUGCAGGAGCCAAGAAACAAGGACACCUGCAUCACGGUCACCUUCCUUAGCAGCAAUGUCACCUCCUCAGUCAAGAUCACCAUACCUAGGCAGCAACACCAGGGGAAAGGAAUCAUAGCUCACCCCAGUCCUCAGUGCCAGAUAAACCAAGUCAAACUCAAGCUUCAGGCUUCCCACCGGGUUUGGAAAAAAGACCGGACUACUAUUAUCGGAAAGUUCUGCACUGCUCCUUUGCCUGUCAAUGACAAUAAAAAGACGGUCUGCUUACCUGAGCCAGUGAACUUACAAGCAAGUGAGACUGUUUCUCAUGACCUGAAAAUAACCUGUAUAUAGUAUAAAAGCAGGAUACAAUUCUCUGGAUUGGGGUGGGGCUGGUGGGGGUGGGGCUGGUGAGGGUUCAACUUAUUCUAAGCCAUUACUACUAAGAAAGAAUGCAAAAAUCUUGGUUAUUUCCCGCAUAACUAGCCACCUUAGAGAGUACAGAUAGCUCAUUUUAUAGGGCUUUAUCUCCAUUGUCAAAGAGCCUUACAAAGAUGCCAUUUCAGCUUUCCUAUUCAUACUUAACUGCAGUUGUCCCAUAUCCUUGGGCCUCUAUACCUAGGAGUCGAUAGAAAUGUAUAUGGGGAAAAGGCUUUUUUUUUUUUUUUCCAAAUAAAACUCCAUGGAGUAUC